AUGACUCUCGCAACUCUAUCGUUCAAGACUGAAUUUGCGGUCGACAUGACUUGUCAAAACUGCGUCGACGCAGUGUCAGAAGCUUUGCACGAUGUACCCGGCAUUGAGCGAUACGACAUAGAUCUCUCUAAGAAACAAGUCACUAUCAUCGGUCGUACACCACCGUCACAUCUUCUAUCCGCUCUUAAAGCCACCCAUCGUCAAGUCAUCGUCCGUGGCUCUUCAUCAGCUUCUCCCUCCUCACAAUCCCAAGCUGCCGUGUCUAUCCUCGAAUCUCCCCUUCCUAUCCCAUCCUCCGUUGCUUCAACCUCUUUCCCCGCAUUGGCAGGUGAAAACCCCGAACGUGCUUUGCCAGGGAUGAAUGAAGCCGAGUUCACACAGAAGGUAUUUGGAAUCUGUCGUUUUGUACAAAUAGCUCCGAAGCUCGUCUUGAUGGAUCUCACUGUUCGUCUCCCCCCUCUAGCUCGUGUGGGUUUAGGUCUGGGAGAGAGAUACGACGUCUACAUCUCUUCUACAGGUAACAUGAUAUCUCCUCCUGAAACGACCGGAAAGCCAUAUCUGCGUCUUGGACAGGUCAAAUUGGACGAGGGCGGAUAUGGUGAUAUGUUCCGCGAGGUCGAAGGUGAAUUGUGGGAAUGGAUAGGGAGGGGAUGUAUUGUUCAAGCUGCCUCGGCGAUCUCGGCGGAGGAGAAGGUCAAGAUAGAAGCGACGCCGACGUCGACCAUCGGCAAGAUCUUCGCCGGUGUGGUUGCUCGAAGUGCGGGAGUCUGGGGGAACGAUAAGACUGUUUGUGCCUGUAGUGGGAGGACCAUGUGGGAGGAAGGGAGAGAGAUGGAAUUGAAGAGUAUGCUUUGA